CAGCCCGGCUCGUCGUCGAAACCCGCCAAAUUCCCAGAAUGUAUACCUAUAUAGAUAUACUUUCACGCGACCAUAAGACUGACGAAUUUCUCGAAAAAUAAAAUUUCAAUCGCAACAAAGUCUUUGUCAGUUUCUCAACAAAUUUUGAAAUAAAUCCGUUGAGAAAAAAAAUUGAAGCAACGGUAAAAUUUACGUUGAGAUUUUUAUGAGACGACGUAUAUAUUUGCGCGCGGCACAACGUAUUUAACCUAAAAAAAUAUGGAGAGCUCAACCGUAGCGAUAAUGAAUAAUAAAGACGAAAAAACAACGAUGGACUCUGUCCAAUAUUGUACAGUGUUGUGUGUACAAAGUGCUGAACAAAAAGUAUUACCGGUAUCAUCGUUACUUCACUUCACCGAAAAUAAAUAUGUGCCAUGUACAAGCGAAUUUGUGAAAAACUACGUGAAGUAUCCAAUACUGGUCACGUUUAUGGGCGAGAUUGAUGGGCAAAAUGUAUACGAAAAAAUCGAGAUCCUUUCAUGCGGAGCGUCUUUGGAGGAGUGCUCGCUGCUGCAGAAUAAUUCGCAGGAUCGAGCUAGCACCAGUAGUGCAUCAACAGCAGUAGGAUACCGACGGGAAAUAAGACAUGAACUGCAGGAUAAUGGACCUGAGAAAGAAAAAUUAUUGUGGAAAGAACAUACAAGUGUACGAGAAAUGAAUGAAAAUCAAUAUAUGACCGUGUAUAAUGACGAACAACUACCAGAGGAAGAAAUUAACAAUAUUUUGAAGGAAAAAAAGCUGCAAGAAACUGGUUCGCAGAAACGCACAGGUAGAGCGACAGGUUCUCCGCAAACAACAAUAAAAGAUGAAUCGACAAUGACAACGAAGAAAAUGAAAAGAGGAAACAUGAGAACUUUGAUUGAUGCAAAACCUACCAAGAAACAAGAUGAUGACGAGGAACUGUCUACAAGUAUGUCUGAGCUCGAAAACAGCGAUUAUGAGUCAGCAUCGAUACAUCUAGAAGUGUCUGAUUACACCAGCGACGAUUCUUUCAUAUUAUUAAGAUGUACUCGAGGAAAAAAAACAAAAAUCAAGUCGGUUAUGUCGAUGCCACGGAAUAAUACAAAUCGUUUACAAAACAACCGUGGUUACAAAUCAAGUCAUUGCUUCUGUAACGAAGUGGAGAGACAAAGAAGGAAACUCAAGGCAUUACAGACAGAAAUCGCUACGUUGAAGAGACAGCUAAAGAUGGUGAGAAGGGUUAUAACGAGGAAAUCACAAAUUGAAGAAACAUUGAAAAGUGAUGAAGAAAAUGAUGAAGAAAGUGAUGAAGAAAGUGAAGGACCGGAGGCAAUCGAAAAACCGCCGGAAAAUGAAUCUGAGAUAAACAUGUUCGGAGAAAAAUGGGAGUACAAAGCACUUCAACUUGCGAUGAGUUCUGAUACCGUUGGUAACAGAAUUGCCUAUUUACUGCGCUCUCUGUGGCCAGAUCGUAUAACUAGGUCUAAACUAAUUUUGAAAAAAACCAACAAAACAAACACGGAGGAUAAUAUUCUUCUUUCCAACAAAAAAAUCGAAGUGAUAAAAAGAAUGGUGGAAUAUUUAAACCGUCGGAAGCAAGUGCCUAUGGAAAAAGUUUACAAUAUCUCAAAUUACCGACGAAUUGUGUCCAACAUAAUUAAAAAUUUACGUCAUAGAGUAAAAUGUAAUCCUCGCCGCUGCAGUCUUACGCCUCCUCCGUCGUCGUCGUGUUCUACUUAUCCUUCUUGCUAACCAUAACCAAUAACACCUGAUAUCAAAAUCGGGUGUUAUUGUUAUCGUUGUUCUCGUGUCGAUGUUUUCAUCGCCCCAUUCUUAACAAUAUUUUUUUUGUAUUCAACGUUGCCAUCGUUGCCAAAACAGUGAAAAUUAAAUCCAAAGUCAAUAUUGAA